AUGAGUGACAUUGUUAGCAACGCUCAAGUCGAUGCUCUCCUUCGUCAGCGCCUCACACCAGCUCAAUUGAAGGAUCGCGAGAACUUCGCUGGCUGGUACGCUACCAAGCGCAGAUGGACCGUGACUGCGGGUGUCAUGGCUCAGAUCGGUACCUUUAUGGGAGUCGCAACUCUGCUUCCGCCUGUUGGAGUCGCGGCUGCACUCGGUGGAGGUGGUGCGUGCGUCGGGGCGGCGCUUGGUCUCGGAGAUGCUGCGUAUGCUGCAGCACUGCAGGAAGGAGCCAAGAAGUGGGACAUCCUCCACGGCUAUGGAAAUCUGUACGCUUGA